GCCGCGCCUCCCGGGCGGAGUCCGGCCCUCCCGGCCGCCCGGCUCCCCCGCCCUGUCCCAGCCGCUCCUCAGACCGCGCGCGGAGCUGGGAUGCAAGCCAUGGAGGAGACACCGCCCCCGUUGCUGGGCAGCAACAAGCCGCACCUGGAGAAGCUGACCUUGGGGGUCACCCGCAUCCUAGAAUCAUCCCCAGGUGUGACAGAGGUGACCAUCAUAGAAAAGGCGCCUGCUGAACGUCAUAUGAUUUCUUCAUGGGAACAAAAAAAUAACUGUGUGCUGCCUGAGGAUCUGAAAAACUUUUACCUGAUGACCAAUGGCUUCCACAUGACAUGGAAUGUGAAGCUGGAUGAACAUACCAUUCCAUUGGGCAGCAUGGCAAUUAACAGCAUCUCAAAACUGACUCAACUCAACCAGUCUUCCCUGUACUCACUUCCUAACGCACCAACUCUUGCAGACCUGGAGGACGAUACACAAGAAGCUAGUGAGAACCAGCCAGAGAAGCCUCACUUUGAUUCUCGCAGUGUAAUAUUUGAGCUGGAUCCUUGCAACGGAAGUGGGAAGGUUUGCCUUGUCUACAAAAGAGGGAAACCAGCAUUAGCACAAGACACUGAGAUCUGGUUCCUGGACAGAGCAUUAUACUGGCAUUUUCUAACAGAUACCUUUACUGCCUAUUAUCGCCUGCUUAUCACCCACCUGGGCCUGCCCCAGUGGCAGUAUGCUUUCACCAGCUAUGGCAUUAGCCCACAGGCCAAGCAAUGGUUCAACAUGUAUAAACCCAUCACCUACAACACAAACCUACUCACGGAAGAGACCGACUCCUUUGUGAACAAGCUGGAUCCCAGCAAAGUGUUCAAGAGCAAGAAUAAGACCUUAAUCCCCAAAAAGAAAGGGUCUGUUCAGCCUGCAGGUGGCCAGAAAGGGCCUGCAGGUCCUCCUUCCACCACUAAAUCCUCCUCUGGCUCUGGAAACCCUGUCCGAAAAUGAGCGCCCCACCUCCAGCUCCCUGCCAGCCCCACAGCGAUGAUUUCCAUGCACAGGUGCCCCAGGCGUGGCCCAAGCCUCAGAUUCUGUGUGUGGAACCAUAGUCCCCUCCCCAUCUGAGUGACAAAAUCCUAGGCCUUUUUUACUGCCAUUGGCUUGAGCCAGGACUUGGAAAAGCAUACUCAGGUCUCCCCAAGAAUCCUUCCCUCAUACCGCUUACAGCAGGUUGUACCACCUACUGAUUCUGGAAGCUGUGGAGAAUGUAAGGUGCUGUGUAAGUGACUAAGAAGAUCUGUUAAGAGCUUUCUUCUCUUUCUACUCCAACCCCCUACCCCCUCAGCAGUAGAGAAGUCCCCCAUAGAAACCACUGGUUUUGACCUAUGAAGCAUUACAACUAUGCUGCUCAAUUGGUAGCCACUUUUUAAAGCAGCUAAAUUUAAGCCAUGUUAAAAAUUCAGUUCCUCAGUUAUAUUAGCCACAAUGGGAGUAUUCAUGUGGCUAGUGGAUUCUGUAUUAGCACAGAGAUGAUCAAACAUUUCUAUCAUCACAGAAAGUUCUAUUGGGCAGCACUGCAUUAGAAUACUUUUGCAUUAUCCUUCCUCAGAUCAGUUAAUUUUGUUAGAGAAUAUUGAUACCUUAAUUUGAUGGGUUAUAAUGUUCCAUGAAAAACCUUGACUAUACAUUUUUAUGUUCUUUAUAUCCUUCACCACAAAGAUCUUGCGUUGCUCAUUUUCAGUUUCCUAUAGUUUCUCAUCUUCAUCGGUUUCCUAUAAAGCUUCUUGUUUCCAGUUUUGUGAUGUGAUAUUUGCACAUUUGCCAAAAUUAUCUUUCUCACUUGUUUUUAAAAGAAGAGGUGAUUCUGCUGUACCAUUAAAACCAAAACAAAAUAAAAUCUCCCAAGCAUU